CUCGCCGCCGCCGCAGCCGCUGCUCCUGCUGCGGAGAAUACCACUCGUGGUCGUGGUGGUGGUGGCCUGCUCCCCCCGAGCUGCGGCGCUCCACGUCGGUAGAGCAGGCUGCUGUAUCGGUGAUUUUUUUUUUCCUGCGGGGAUGGAACGGAUCGGAUGCUGAGGAAAGGGGAGAAGAGUUUUUGAUUUGAAGUAGAGAUUUUUUGGGAUUUGAGGGGAGUAGACGUGGAGCGAUGGGGACGGAGAAGGGUGGAGCAAAGGUUGGCGGCGGCGGCGGAGGAGGUGGUGGUGGCGGGGGUGGGCUGUUCAACCUGUUUGACUGGAAGCGCAAGUCCCGGAAGAAGCUGUUCUCCAACUCGCCCGAGGGUGCUAAGCUUGUCAAGAGAGGCGAAGAAACCCUUCCGUCUGGGCGCCUCCACUUGAUUGACGACGACGAGGGGAUUGGUGUGUCAAGCUUCAAAGGGAGCAGCGACUACAGCUGCGCUUCCUCGGUGACUGAUGAGGAAGGGCGUGAGAUGAAGGCGCCAGGGGUAGUGGCCAGGCUCAUGGGCUUGGAUGCCAUGCCCUCUACGGGUGUCCCGGAGCCGUACUGUACCCCAUUCCGUGACACACGGUCGUUCAGGGACAGCCAGAGCCUAAAGAGGAGCCCAGAGUACUCCGGGAGUGACCAAUUCAGCUAUGUGCCGCGAAGAGUUGACGGCUACAUGAGGAAGCCAUUGGAUCUGAGAGCUCAGAAGAUGCCAAGCAGCCCAAUUGAGAGGUUCCAGUUAGAAGCACUGCCGCCGAGGUCGGCCAAACCCUUACCAAUGUCCCAUCACAGAUUGUUAUCUCCUAUCAAGAAUCCAGGAUUCAGUUCAGCAAGAAAUGCGGCCCAAAUCAUGGAGGCAGCAGCCAAGAUUCUUGAGCCGAGGCCACAGGUCAGUUCUAGGGAGAAAAUCUGUUCAUACAGUCCUGCGCGGAUUCCUUUGAGGGUUUCUGAUACACGGGAGAAUAUCCCAGCUUCUCAGAGAGCAGUUUCUCGGCAGCUGCAGUCAUCACGGACCACUAUUGAGCUGCCUGAUGUGAGAUUUUCAAGGGGGCAGCAAAUGAACCGGAGCUGGAACUCCAGUGAAGAGGAUAUUGUUAUAUUUAGAACUUCAUCUGAUUCUUAUGAGAUUAAUAACCCUGGUGUUUCAAAGAACAACAAGGGGAAGUCUAUUUCGUUGGCACUGCAGGCAAAGGUCAAUGUGCAAAAAAGGGAAGGAUUGAGUUCUUCUGGAAAAAAUUCAGGACAGAAAGAACGUGAUGAGUUCAGAACAAGCCAACCUUUUAGGAGCCAGUCUAAUGGCCAGAAGAACAAGCAACAGAAGAAGCCAUCAUCAUCAGGUACUUCCUCCCCUGUCCUUAGGCAAAACAACCAGAAACAAAAUUCUAUGGUUACCAGAGGAAAGUCGGCACCAAACAAAUCAGUGUCAAGCCAGCAAGGUAGAAAGAUGGCUGGAGAUUGCUCAACUGGGAAGCUGAAGAACGGAAACAAAAUAUCUAAAGGUGGCAGCAGAAAGGACAUCAUAGAAAGCAUAAGUGGUGACAAGGAAGGUUCAUCGUCAAACAACAAGGACUUUCCACAAAAGAAACGCUUGAUAGAGAGGAACUCCACCAAUGAGAAGGGUACGUUCGUGCCUGAAAAAUCAGCAGCUAGGAUUCAGAAGCAAGUUCAACCUAAUGUUGUCAUGGAUGAGCACAUUAAGUGGAACAAUGAUAGUAAAGAUUCUACAGAUGUAGUGUCAUUUACCUUUACCUCACCAUUGGUUAAACCAUCAGCUGGACCGUCCAGACUAUCAGGGAAGUGGGAUACAAGAGGUAAUUUUAGCUUGGAUGCCAUAAAUGAGGAUGAUUCAGACAAAAAGUCUGAAGGACUCUCAUCAGGAGGCUUGAACUUUGUAAACGGUGAUGCAUUGAGCCUUCUCCUAGAAAAGAAAUUGAAGGAGCUAGCAUCAAAGAUUGAGCCAUCCAUCAACUUUACUAGGGGUGACACAUUUGUGCCUGCUACCUUUUCCUUAGAAGAGCCUGUGGUCUCCUCUUCCAGCAAUUGGGAUAUGGAAAGUGGAGUAUUUGACUGCAGCCCUUCUGAAGUAAAAUCUUCUCAAUAUGUUGAUUAUUGCCAAUCAGCGCAGUCAUCAACCAAAGCCCAAAUUUUCCGUGGAAGCCAAUUACAGGUAGAGGAACCCGAAGAAUGCAGCAGUAUAAGCAACACAAGGAAAGAACAGGAGAAUGAAGAUCUAAGUCCCCUCUCUGUCCUUGAACCAACCUUUCUAAGCGAGAGUUGCUGGUCUUCGGAUUGCUGCUCAGGCAGCAGCAAUGUCUUUACAGGGAGCAAAGGAUAUUCGUCAUCGUCUGAAGUUAAAAACCUCCCAAGGAAUUUCUUGAUCAAUCCACCAUUAGUGGAUACUGAGACCAAGACAACGGAUUCAGUGUCUUCUUCAUCGAUUGAUGCUUCGGACACCUCGGCCUCAAUUGAUGCCUCGGACAUCUCAGAUAUCACCCAAUGUUCAAAGAAAUCAAGAAACUCUGAGCUGGAGUACAUUGGGGAUGUUCUAGGCAAUGUCAACCUGACAAAAGGUGGACUGGGGUCACUAUUUAUCAGUCAAGAUGAUGUAUCGGUUUUGGACCCCCUCGUCUUCGACAAAUUGGAAAGCAUGAACUUAUAUACACAAGGGAAAAAUAAUUUGGACCGUAUAGGGCACAGAAGGCUCCUGUUCGACUGCGUAAGUGAAUGCCUGAAGAUGAGACGGCUCACCUACUUCCGGGCAGGAUAUGCAGCAUGGAGCAAAGGAUUGGCCGUGAUGAGCAGGGACAUAGAAACUGAAGUCUGCAAUGAGAUCAGUGGUUGGAAGGGCAUGGGCGAUUGGGUGGAAGAUGAACUAGUCGACAAGGACAUGAGCAGCGGGCUGGGCACAUGGGUCGAUUUCCGGGUAGAGGAGUUUGAGACAGGCGAAGAGGUGGAGAGGGAAAUACUGAGCUCACUGCUCGACGAAGUGAUCACCGACGUCUUUGUGAGACGAAGGCAGGAGUGUAAAUUUGUAAUUUGACCCCGAGCGUUGUUGUUUUUGUUGUGUAAUUUUGUUUCGUUAAGUUAUAUCCAUCCCUAUUUGAUUUGUCCACCAGACUUUGUCCAAAUCAGUUAUAUAUAUGUUGAUUUGAGACUGGAUAGUAAUCAAUCAAUUCUAAUACCGAAUCUGCUACACUUGGUUGAGAUGA